AUGAGGGGAGGAGGAGCUGGAGAGAAGCUCCACUACAAGGAGGCCAAUGUCGCGCACGGCGCCGCUGCCGUGUACGGCGCCGGCGCUGCGGGGAAGGGGGCCGCCGCCAAGACUUCUUUCCUCAACGGCCUCCUCCUCUACGUCGUCCUGCCGGUGCUGGUCUUGUACUUCGUCGUCAUUGCCGCUUCGCAGUUCUACAACCCCCGGUGCUCGCCAGAGGGCAACGCCAUGGCGACACAUUUCGUGGUGGCUAAUAAGCCCAACAACGCUUCGUUGGCCACGUCGCUGAACGCUUCGUCGUCGUCGUCAGCUUCUCCGCCACCGGCUCCAGGGUCCAAGACGAUGAGGCUGACGGCAGAGGAAGCGCCCACCGGGCUACGCCAUCUCGUGUUCGGCAUCGGCGCGUCGGCGUCGCUGUGGGAGAGCCGGAAGGAGUAUAUCAAGCUGUGGUGGCGUCCCGGGCGGAUGCGCGGCUUCGUCUGGAUGGACAAGCCCGUGGGGGAGUUCUACUCCAAGAGCUCCCGCACGGGCCUCCCCGCGAUCAUGGUGAGCUCGGACACGUCCAAGUUCCCCUACACCCACGGCGCCGGUAGCCGCUCGGCCCUCCGGAUCUCACGCAUCGUCUCCGAGACGUUCCGGCUGGGGCUCCCCGGCGUGCGGUGGUUCGUGAUGGGCGACGACGACACGGUCUUCCUGCCGGAGAACCUGGUGCACGUGCUGUCCCAGUACGACCACCGGCAGCCGUACUACAUCGGUUCGCCGUCGGAGAGCCACAUCCAGAACCUCAUCUUCUCGUACGGCAUGGCGUUCGGCGGCGGCGGGUUCGCCAUCAGCCGCGCGCUGGCGUCGGAGCUGGCGAAGAUGCAGGACGGGUGCCUGCACCGGUACCCGGCGCUGUACGGCAGCGACGACCGCAUCCACGCGUGCAUGUCGGAGCUGGGCGUGCCGCUGGCGCGCCACCCGGGGUUCCACCAGUGCGACCUGUGGGGCGACGUGCUGGGCCUGCUGGGCGCGCACCCCGUGGCUCCGCUGGUGACGCUGCACCACCUCGACUUCCUGGAGCCGGUGUUCCCGACGACGCCGUCGCGGGCCGGGGCGCUGCGCAGGCUGUUCGACGGGCCCGUGCGGCUGGACUCGGCGGCGGUGGCGCAGCAGUCGGUGUGCUACGACCACGCGCACCAGUGGACGGUGUCCGUGUCGUGGGGGUUCGCGGUGAUGGUGGUGCGCGGGGUGCUGUCGCCGCGGGAGAUGGAAACGCCCAUGCGCAGCUUCCUCAACUGGUACAAGCGCGCCGACUACACGGCCUACUCGUUCAACACGCGGCCCGUGGCGCGGCAGCCGUGCCAGAAGCCGCACGUGUACUACAUGCGCGGGAGCCGGAUGGACCGGCGUCGGAACGUGACCGUGACGGAGUACGAGCGGCACCGGGUGAAGCACCCCGGAUGCCGGUGGCGCAUCGCCGACCCCGCCGCGCUGCUCGACAGCAUCGUCGUGCUCAAGAAGCCCGACCCCGACCUCUGGAAGAGGUCGCCGAGGAGGAACUGCUGCAGGGUGGUGUCGUCGCCGAAGCAGGGGAAGGACCGUUCGAUGACCAUCGACGUCGGUGUGUGCAGGGACGGCGAGUUCGCCAAGGCUAAGUGCUUAACUCGUCCCAUUCAGCCCAGCACCCUGAGGCUGCGCCCACACCAAAUCAUAUCUUUAGAUUCGCAUCGCCCUCGCGUGCGCGCACCACGCAGUCCUCCUCUCCCGUGGGGCCGCGGCGUCUGCCUGACUGCCCUUGCAGACCGUCGAAAACCCGGUGGCCUAGUGGCGAUCGGCGGCCGGAGCAGCCAGAUCAACCGGCGCAGCGACCAAAUCUACGGCCUGCGGGCGGGAGGCGGUCCGCUGGAGGACGGAUCGGCGACUGGGGACUCGGGGGCGUCGGGCGGCUGGUGGGGUUUCGCUGGAGGCUGCCGGCGUGGAGCACCGGCCACCGGGGCUGGGCAGGCGGGCAGCAGUGAAGGACUAAAGGGUGCAGCACGACAGCACGCCAGCGGCCAGCAGGGGGGCACCGGGCAGGACAUGAAAGGUCUUGAGGCAGAUAAACUGGAGUGCAGGCUCUAUGUAGGGAACCUGGACUUCAGGAUAUCAGAGUCCGAUGUAAUCAAGAUGUUUUCCCCCUUUGGAAAGAUUACAGCCGAGGAUUUCCUGUGGCACACACGCGGUCCAAAGAGAGGCGAACCCCGGGGCUAUGCCUUUGUUCAAUACACCACUAAAGAGGAAGCUCAGUUAGCAAAGGAGAAGAUGAAUGGAAAGUUAGUCUGCGGACGCCCAAUGGUAGUUCACCUUGCUAGUGAGAAAAGUUCUCUAGACUCUUCAAGUUCACAUAGAGCAGUCAAAGACAAGAAGCUGGCGGGUGGUUCAGGAGGCAAAUCACAAUAUACUGAUCGAGCUGCAAAGAUAGCUGCUAUAAAAAACAAGUUGAAAUCUCUGGAGGAAGGGGGAUGUAGCACAAAAAAACCAAGACUUAAUCCAGACAACUUGACAGGAAUCAGGGAACAGUCUCAUAAGAAGUUUUGA